AUGUCAUCAGAAGAUUGCGAAGUGGAAACAAAGCCAUGCGAAUCAGGGAAAGAGAUUCAAGGUGCCGCUGAGUUGUGCAUCCGGCCAUCAAAAGUGGCCGCAAUGAAAUCAGCACAUGAGCUGAACAUCAAGUAUAGAGCAAUGGGAUGUAAAUCCCCUGUUUCGGCUCGUUCUACAAAAUCUAGGACGGGAAGCAGAAGUAGUGAGGGCAACAGCUUUGGGGAAUGUCGCUCAAAUCAUGUUCAAGAACCACAUUUUCAAAAUAGGAUGAUAUCUGCACAAGAAAUUGAAAACGGCUUGAACAGGUCGGCAGAGCCGCAGUCGAGAUCUUCGGAGGAAGAUGCGAUGAUUGACGAAAUGAGCGCUGUUUCAAGUGGAAGUGUUAUGACAGCUGACGAGUCGUCUAUUCUUUAUCCCACUGCAGUCACCGUUAGCUUCAGCAACCUUACUUCGGGCGACUCACAAUCGGAAUCCUCCUCCUCGGUAUAUACAGCAAGUUACGGAUGGUGGAUGCAUAAUGUAGACAAUUCUAGCAGUGAUAGCUCACUUUCACUAUCUACAGGAAUGCGACUCUCUCCCUGUGUUGAUCCGCCAAGUAGUCUAUCUUUGACCACGAGCUUCAGCUCUAUGGAGGUUAACACCGCCGAUAUUUGCACAGAUGCAAUCAGCACUGCAGAGGUGGACUCUGACAAUGAAGCACCCAGUAGAGCAUCUGUCGAUGGACUUCUGGUUGAAUCUGUGAAUUCUGUGCUAUCAGAUGGAAAUAAUUUGUCAACAGCCAUAUCAGAUCCUGCUGUAACUAACUCUCAUAAGCUUGAAACUCGCAUUGCUCCGAGAUCACCUCUUAUAGAGAUUGACGAUCUGCGAACCGCUAUAGAAGAACCAUUUGUUCUUCAUACGGCUUGGGAGAGGACAGCAGACACCCACACAUCGCGAUUUAUGACAGAAAACGGCUUAGGUAGCGACGAACAGUCAGACAGUUUUGUUUCUGCGCAAAGCUCGUCCGGUUGUGGACCUCUGUAUUGCUCGUUUCUGGAUAGCGAACAAGGAGAGCUUCACGAGAUUGAGUAG